UGAAGUUCGACACACAACCAGACAACAACAUCUCGAUUCUCUAACACUCUCCGCCAUCGAUCAAACGACUUCGCGUGAUCGACUCCAUUUAUCCCAUUACCGAGGCAAACUUGCAACGCAAAAUUCCAAACAGCACUUACCAUCAACAGCAUCAUGACGGGGAUACCAGUUUACACACAAGCUCCCAUCAAUGCCGCCAAAGCAUCUGGUACAACUCCACAGACAACCGCUCCUCCUUCGCAAACUGCUUCCGGUCCGAAUCAAGCAUCCACCACGACUGCAGCAACAUCGUCCUACCCGCCGGCACAGCCAGGCGCUGCACCCUUUCCUGCACCAACUGCUGCAGCUCAACAACGUUAUGCGCCAGUUCAACCAACUCCAACGACAAAGGAUGAAGCAGAUUUGCCAGCACCUCCUCAACCAGGCGCUGUGCCUACGCCCUUGGGAACGAGCUCCAUUCCUCCGCCUCCCAAAGCUGGGGAGACUUACAAACCUCCACAGCAAACAGCUGCGCCAACGCAACCUUUGGCGCAGCCUUACCCAUCUCAGAUGUCAAUUCCUCCAUUGACCGGUACCUACGGCGCUCAACCUCCUCACUCGUCUACGGCAACCACCACGACUCCAUCCGGAUCUUACCCUGCCUCCAUUCCUGAAGUUGGAGCAAGACGUAGCCUAGAGCAUCCGCCAGGAUACCAACAGAAUGUCUAUGCCUCAGAGAUGACGAGCGACCAGAGACGUGCACAAGAAGCGGCGAACUAUUCGUCUACUGCGCAUGACAAUAAAGAAACAAUUGCAGGAAUCGGCACUGAGAAUGUAUGGAGUACAGCUAAGAAAUGGUUGGGCCAGGCUGGAGAAAAGUUAUCGGAAGCUGAGGCUGAAGUAUGGCGUCAGCUCAGGAAAGAAUAAACUUUACUUUUCGAUGUCGAUUAUUGAUCGACAGGGACGACGAUUAGCAAGGGAUCUGAUCUGGGCAUGCUACGAGCAUUGAUAUCAGAUAUUUAAUUUCCGAGUUGGAAUGGGACUCUCAGGUCGUUCAGAAGGAAAGCCCAUUGCUUCGCAAGGUAUAAGAUCACCAGGCCGUUUCGAUUUUCCAAGUCGAUACAGACUAGCAAAAACUGGUUUGGAGUUCAAGGGGAUGUCUUCUCAAUAAUGAAAAGGAAUGGUCAAUUGAUCUUUCAUAGCUUGCAUUGACGCAGCGCACAGAAUAGGUGAAGGAUGCCGAGAAGGUUUCCUCGUCCACUCAAAAUAGAAGUCUUCAGCAGCCCCUUUUGUACAUGAAGUGGUGCUUUCUUUUCCUCGCUUUCCCCUUUCUUGAUGUUUGCAUGAAUUACAGCGGGCGUGCAGCUGAGGCUCGCGUCAU